GAGGCCUGGUAGCGCGCAGCAUGCCGGGAUAUAGAGGGGCAUAAGUGGCACAAAGUGCGCUGGGAUGUAUCGGGGCCUUGCAGCGCAAGGCAUGCCGGGAUAUACCGAGGCGGAGCAGCUCUGUGCAUACUGGGAUACAGCGCGGCAGGAAUGAACGCGGAGCACGCCGGGAUGUACCGGGGCGGGCCUGCGCGGGGUGUACCGGGAUAUAGCGAGGCAGAGCUGGCUGGGCGGGGUUCCCGGACUGGGGCCCGGUGCCGGUCGCCGGUCACACACCGGCAUCUCGCUCAGCGGGUCCCUGUCCGGGCUCGGAGGUCCCGCUACCUUCUUGUAGUCCCUGAGGCCGCAGCACCGGCCCGCGGGGCCCGCAGUGGGGCGGGUGUUCWGGGCACAGCCGGGCACGGAGGGUCUCGAUGGCAGGGGAGCCCCCAGAGCCGUCGCCCCCCCGUGCUCGGGUGUCCCCAGGCUGACGGAUCCUCAGCGCUGCCUUGGGACCCCCUCCUGGGCUGGGGGGUUGGGUUUUAUGGCUCAGGACUCCACGUUCCMUCGGGCAGGGCGGUUUUACCUUUCGGGGCUCACUACUCCCACACCCCCCGGCUUUAGGGAUUCAUUUUUUCGGGUUCGCCGCCCCCACGCCCGUCCCUCGGCUCUCGGGCGCGGCUGCUCAAUCUCCAUUUCUCAAUUAAACCCCAGUCGGAGGCGAGCAGGGGAGUUGCCAUUUCCAAAAGGGCCGGAUUUGGCACUGUUCCAUUCCCGUCUAUUUUCGGGCUGUGACCGCCGGUGCUGACCCGAACGGCGGCACCUCGGGUCAGGGCGUCCCGAGCUGGCCGGGGCUGCCCCCGCUCCCCCGGGCAGCGCCUCAGCCAAAGUUCUGCCCCGUUUGUGCUGAGUCGGCGCCGCUGUGCGGAAGCGGCCCCUCGCCACACCUUCCCGUCCUGUCCCUGUCCGUGUCCCUGUCCCCGGCCCGUCCCGGCUCAUCCCGCCACUCCCGGCUGUCCGGCGGUGCUGUGCCCAGCUGUGUCACCCCCGUGUCCCCCCUGUCACGCUCCAGCAUGUGGCUGCCGCUCGUCGUGCUGCUGCUGCCCGCGCUGCUGCCCGCCCGCUGCUGCGAGCCCCCAGGGGACUCUGUGGGCGCCGUGCGGGCAUUGAGUGCGCGGCUUCUGGGGCUGGCGGGGGACCCUGCGCGGGACCCCGACCCCGCCGUGUACCUGGCCCUGCGCCUGGCCCCUGACCACGACCUGCGGCUGGAGCGGCGCUACCUGGAGCGGCUGCAGGACACCUUCCGACACCCCUACGGCAGGAGCCUGCAGGCCCACGGCCACUCUCGGUGGGACGUCGAGCACAGCACGAGCGCGGCGGAGCGGCCGCAGACGGGGCGGCUGGCGCUGUACCUGCUGGGGCUGCGGGCCACCUGUCCCCCCAAGAGUCCCCACCGCUCGCUGGUGACGUGGCUCAAGUACCACCUGGAGGAGGACUGGACUGGCUCCCGGCGGCACGGCCACCCCCUCAGCAGUUUCUACCAGUAUGGACUGGGCGUGUUGGCGCUGUGYGUGCACCACAAGCAGGUGCGGGAGGAGGUGAUCCGGCGGCUCCUGGCGGCCCAGCGCCAUGGCAGGCUCGGGCACGGCAGCGGUGCYGUGGACACGGAGGCCGUGGUGGCGCUGGCUUUCACCUGCCUGGAGCGGAGGAGGUUGGUGGGGACCACGCUGGCGGGYGAGCUCCGGGAGGUUGUGCAUGGGGCCAGCAGGAGCAUGGCCAAAGCCCAGGGCCCCGACGRUGUCAUCGGCAACAUCUACAGCACCCCGUGGGCCCUGCAGGUGCUGCUGGCCACGGGCGCAUGCCGGACGGAGCCGGYRUUYGGCCAGGCUGUGGCUGCGCUGCUGRAYAACCUGGACGCCUUCGGCACGGCCGCCACCAUGGCCCAGGCWCUGCCGGUGCUGCACGGCCGCUCCUACCUGGACAUCUCCUCUUUGCCCUGCCUGGAGGAGCCGGAUACGCUGACCCCCGAGGACAUGGAGCCCCCGAGUGAGGUGCCAGGAAACAAGACGGUGCAGCUGCAGGUGGAGUGUCCCCUGCCCUGGUGYGACGAGCUCCGGCUCUAUGAUCGCGCGGUGCCGGUGCCCGCCGCCGCCUCCCUGCUGGACGUGCUGCAGGCGGCCGCUGCGCUGGAACCCCAYGACUUCAGGUUCGACACCCAGGACACCGCCCAUGGCCCUUUCCUGACCCACGUGCUGGGGCUGGAGGCCCGGCAGGAGAAGCGCAACUACUGGCAGCUCCUGARGGCGCCCGACACCCCCCUGCAGAUGGGCAUCGCCGACUACAGACCCCAAGAYGGGGAGACCCUCAUCCUGCGCCUCRGCGAGUGGUAGUGGGUGGGGGUGAUGCCAAUGAAUGUGGACACAUGAAUGAURGCAAUGGAUGUGGACACAGGACCUG